AGUUCCACGAGGGGUGUUGCCCGGUGGAGGGGGUAGCGGCAGGAGGGGAAGGGGAAAGAGGCGCUGCGACGAGGCAGUAGUAAGCCGAACGCCCGUCAGCGGGGCGAACAGUGGCAGCGGUCGGCGCGCGGAGAGAGACGCCGGCUAAAUCCUCUUCUCCUCCAGGUCUGCUCGGCUGCUCAGGGCGGCCGGACGACGCGCAGCAAGAUGGACGACCCCAAGAUUCUGACGAGCACCAACGUACUCGUGCCCAGCGAUGACAAGCCUGCCAGGAGACUCCGGCAGUAUAUUGCUGCACUGUCGGCGACGCUGGGCGCCUUCUCGCUGGGCACGGUGCUGGCGUGGACGUCGCCGACGAGCUCGCAGCUCGCGCAGUCCGACACCAACCACGACCCGCGGCUGAUGACCCAGGCGCAGUGGUCGUGGGUCAGCUCGCUGAUGAACGUCGGCGCGACCUUGUCCGUGGUGCUGGUGGGCGCCGCCAUCGACCGCAUCGGCCGCAAGUACACCAUGCUGGCGCUGGUGCUGCCCUUCGUGGCGGGCUGGUUCAUGAUCGCCUGGGCGGACCAGGACGUGCCGCUGUACUACGUGGGGAGGAUCGUGUGCGGCAUGAUGGGCGGCGCCUUCAGCCUGUCCGCGCCCGUCUACAUCAGCGAGAUCGCCCAGAAGGAGAUCAGGGGCAUGCUGGGCGUCUGCUACCAGCUCAUGCUCACCGUCGGCAUCCUGUUCGUCUACGUCGUCGGCGGCAUCGACGGUGUGAGUGUGUUCGCGCUGACUUUGACGUGCAGCUUCAUCCCACUCGUGUUCGGCGCCAUCUUCUUCUUCAUGCCGGAGACUCCGAGGCAGUACAUACAGAAAGGCCGCAUGGAAGAAGCGCGUCAGUCACUCACGUGGUUUCGAGGGGAGGAGUACAACAUCGAUGCAGAAAUCCAGGAGAUAGAGACGGCCGUGGAAACGACGAAGGCGCUGCAGCUGUCCUGGAGGGAGUCCUUCUCGACCCCCGCCGCCAAGAAGGCCCUGCUGGUGUCCCUGGGACUCAUGAUAUUCCAGCAGCUGAGCGGCGUCAACGCCGUCAUAUUCUACUCCUCCGACAUCUUCAAGGAUGCCGGCAGCACCCUGGCGCCGUCCAAGGCGUCCAUCGUGAUCGGCGUGAUCCAGGUGAUCGCGACGUUCAUCUCGACGCAGGUGGUGGACCGCGCCGGCCGCCGGCCGCUGCUCAUGGCCUCGCACGCCGUGAUGUCUGCGUGCGCCAUCACGCUCGGCGUGUACUUCCACGUGAAGGAGGACGUGGCGGGCAUCGGCUGGCUGCCGCUGGCCUCGCUGUGCGUCUACAUCGUGCUCUUCUCGUUCGGCGUGGGCCCCAUCCCCUGGCUGAUGGUGGGCGAGCUGUUCCCGGCCGGCAUCAAGGGCGCCGCCAGCUCCGUCGCCUGCCUCGUCAACUGGCUGCUGUCCUUCGUCGUCACCAAGUUCUUCGUGGACAUGGUGGCGUCCAUCGGGCCCGACUGGACCUUCUGGAUCUUCGGCGCCGUCCUGGCCGUCGGCACGGCCUUCGUGUACUUCGUGGUGCCCGAGACGAAGGGCAAGACCCUGGAGGAGAUUCAGGCGGACCUGGGGGGCGACAAGCGCAAGAGGGACCCUGAAGAACUCAAGAUGCCGCACCUCGACAGGUACUGAGCGUCUCUUCGCUUCGCCGCGUUGCCGUCGUGUUCAUAGACAUUUGACUGAACUGACUUCACACCAAGUCUUUCGACUCUGAAUUUAGUUGAAUACGUUUAACCCACAUGAAAACGCAACUUAAUAUUUUUUUUAAGUUAAAGUGUACUUAGCAUUCAACAACUGCUUAGCCAUCGUUAGUACAUUUAAGAAGUGGCAGUUCGAAGUGAUUUGUUAUUAGUACUUACGGGUAGUUUUGAGUAGUAGGUUAAAUGUCUAAGUGAUGUUUGAAUGUUGUUCUCUAAGUUAAUUAUUUGUAAUUUUUGUGUGAAUGUAUGUCGUUCUGUGAAUGUGAAAGGAAUUAAUUUUUUAUGAAGUUCUUUUUUCCAUUUUAUCGAAUUCAAGUCUCUACAUUUGAGUUUUCGUGUUAUUUGUAUAUUGCCAAAAUACUAUCUAUGUUUAUGCGUCUUGCGGAUAAGUUAACUGGGCAUUUCCAUCGCUGCCCAAAGUGCGAGUGAUCUGGCAGUACUGACCAGUGUUGUUCGUCAGCGACAAAAAAAAAGUUGUCUUUCCUUUGUGAAUGACAUGAAUUGAUAAUUGAUGUCACAACGCUUAAGUCAGUGAUUUGGAACUAGUUAGUAUUUAUCCCCGUACACGUGAUUCUGCAUAAAAAAACAAUCAAAACAAUAAAUUUAAGUACGUAGUAUAAAGUACUGUACAGUUAUUUGGUUUGUAGAUUUGAUUUUAUUGAAUAUUGUUAAUGUAAGCGGUCUUAAUAAUACUGCAUGUGUAGGAUCUUGUGUGCUGCCACUGCAAAAUAGUUUAUAUUGUUUGCAUUUAUGGUGUUCGUCAGCAAAACACCAUGUGAUAAACUUGUACCUGACAAGAAAGUAAAAUCAUGUAUUUAUGAUACUUCUAAAUUAUCAAUUACUUUGAAGCAAUUGUGAAGGAUGUAAUAGGCAUGACGUUUUUGAAAACAUUCAUACCUAUUUAAUAUUACAUAUGAUCCCAUUUAUACAUGCACUGUUAACUUUAUUCAAAUUGUUAUGAUCUAUGAAAAAAAAUAUUUUUUAACAAAAUUAAAUAAUUUAUUUUUAAAGGUUACAUGUAUGUACGGGUUCUAUCACAACACAGUGCCCGUUUUUGGGGAAACGGUGGUAGUGUACACAAGUUGCGCAGUUAUCGCUUAAAAUAAUAGGUUCAAACUGUAGUGACGAGUCGAAUCUCAAGUUUCUCAAAUCCGAAUCUCGAAUUUGAAUUACUAAAGUACCUCGAGUCUACAUACCCCUCAAAUAUGAAUCUAAGUCUGAAGACAAGAAAUAAAAGUAUUGAAUAUUGUGUUAGAAAUUUCAACCCUUUAAAUUUUCUUUCCAACAACUAUGUUUCCAGAAUCUAUAAACAUCGUAAAUUUACUAAAUGAUUUCAUAUUAAAGGUGUAAUAUAACGACCAAGCAGAAGUCAGAAUUGAAUUUUUCAAAUUCACUGGAUUUCCUCCAAUAUUUUUCUUUAAAACUUUUUCCUCGAAUUUAAUUUUCUUUUUGAAAUACGUGAGAUUCGAUAGAAUUCUAAGGUUCAAGGAUUCGAACAGUUCAACCCCGGAGUUCAAACAGGAGUUUAGCAACCUGUAUGAAACAAAAAAAAAACUUUAAAUGCAAGGAAAAAAAGCUCUUUUAUGAUAACUAAUCCUCUGACCAGCUCAACCAAACACAGUAUGCACUGUUUUACUUGGACAAAGAAAAUGCAUAUCUCCACGUGGUCCCAAAUUUGUUUUUACCAAAGCAGUACAUAAUAAUUUUAAUUAGUAUAUAUUUUAUGCCAUCCUACUCACGUGUCUUUCAAUGAAAAUAAAUCACAGCGUACCUAUAUGUGUAAAAAAUUGUAAAAAAAAAGUACAUUUAAUAUAGGAGAUUAAAAAAUAAUACUCAAUCAACAUAUUUUUUGCCCCCGUAAAUUUGGCAAUACUACGCAAAGUCACUGUUUCUCAUAUAGUAGCUAAAACUUUGAGAAACAGUCGAUUUACCUACAUAGUGACGACUAGAGUACAGUAGUUUAUAAUUAUAUAAAGUUUUUUUAAAGAAUAGAAAUGUCUGAUAUUUACAAAUACCUAGGCAACCUUCUUUGUUGUUUAAGUUAUAAAUCUUAAUAUUAAAUUUGUAUUUUUUAACGCAAGUGUGCGUUUUUCUGAAUACAAGCAGUCAUUACUAUCACUGUGACAUGUGGGGAGCAUUAUUUUAAUUGUGAAUAAUGCUUACUUUUACGGAAUAAUUUGUAGGCAGAAUGUUUAAAAUUUAACAUCGAUUUAUUUCAUUGUGGUUUCAAUUUGUUACUGCUUUUCAAAUAUUUUUCUCUGGUCAUGUUAAAUUAAAAACGUUGUAUUGCAUCACUAUGUAAUUCAUUUUUAAUUGAAUAAAUAAAAUUAUGUGAUUUUUAAA